CCGGCCUCCUGCACCACCCUGCCCGCGCUCCCGCGGCUUGUUCAGGGCGAUGCCUCCUCUCUGGGCCCUGCUGGCCCUCGGCUGCCUGCGGCUCGGUGUGGGUGUGCACCUCCAGCCCCAACUGGCCAGCAUGACCUUCGCCACCAACAACCCCACCCUCACCACUGUGGCCUUGGAAAAGCCUCUCUGCAUGUUUGACAGCUCAGCGGCCCUUGGCAACAACUAUGAGAUCUACCUCUAUGUCCUCGUCGACCUAGCCAGCUCCAGGAACGCCUCCGUGCAGGACCAUAGCAGGACCCCGCUGAGCUCGACGUUCCAGCAGACAGAGGGAGGGAGGACGGGCCCCUACAAGGCCGCGGCCUUUGACCUGGCCCCCUGCAGCGACCUGCCCAGCUUGGAUGCCCUAGCGGACGUGGCCCGGGCCUCGGAAAUCCUGAACGCAUACCUCGUCAGGGUGGGUGCCAACGGAACCUGCCUGUCAGACCCCAACUUCCGGGGCCUCUGCAACCCGCCCCUGUCGGCAGCCACGGAAUACAGGUUCAAGUACGUCCUUGUCAAUAUGUCCACGGGCUUGGUACAGGACCAGACCCUGUGGUCCGACCCCAUCCGCACCAACCGGCUCACCCCGUCCUCAGAGAUCGACACGUGGCCAGGCCGGCGGAGUGGGGGCAUGAUCGUCAUCACAUCCAUCCUGGGCUCCCUGCCCUUCUUCCUGCUCAUCGCCUUUGCUGGCGCCAUUGUCCUCAGCCUUUUGGACACGGGCAGCUCGGACAGGGAAACGACACACGACUCCCAGAUCACGCAGGAGGCCAUCCCCAGGUCCCUGGGGACCUCGGAGGCUGCGUACACGUCUGUGAACCGGGGGCCGCCGCUGGACAGGGCUGAGGCGUACACCAGCAAGCUCCAGGACUGAACCUGGGCACCGCCCCUGGGCGGCCGCAUCUCCCCGCCUGGCCUCGCCCAGGGGUCUGCGCGCAGCAGGUGCUCAUGCCCUGACCCCACCCGCGGAGGCACA